AUGCUGCAGCGUGACGCGGAGGGAGUGACACAAAGGAGACUAAGGCUGGCGGGGACGCAGGGUGCCGAAUCUCUCCGCCGCAACCCGUGGCUGCUGCAGUGCACGCUGGCUACCCACAACCUGGCUCGCAUGGAGAACUGGCCACAGGCGGACCUCCCUGCCCCCACCUUCCGCGCCCCACCCCCGUGGGAGCCACCCGCGGCAGAGUUCUCCGCCACACAGCUGCCCGCCAGCAAGGCGCUCUGCGCCGUGGAGGAGAUGCGGCAGCACGCCUUCAUGGCCAUGGCGCAGGUCACCGAGCCAGACAGUGUUGUGUACUACACCGACGGCUCGGCUGACCCUGACAGCGGAAGGACGGGCGCUGCUGCCAUCACCAGAGGGGCCGAGGUGUGUGAGAGGACUCCCGACCACUGCUCCACCCUGCAGACAGAACUGGUGGCCAUCCUGCUGGCCCUGGAGCACGCUCAACACCGGCGGGAGCGCACCGUGGUGCUCCACACCGACUCCAGAACGGGGCUACAGGCUCUACAACAGCCGUAUCCCAGCGACAACGUGGGCCUCGUCACCGCCAUCCUGGGUAGCCUCCAGAGCCUCGCCGCGCAGGGGCGGCGGGUGAGGCUCAACUGGAUACCCAGCCACGUGGGAGUACGAGGCAACGAGGCUGCUGACGCAGCCGCCAAGAGAGCUGCUAGUGGCCCCCAGGUGACAAGGCAUGUGCCGCCCAGCCUGAGCCAAGUGAGGGCGCGAGCCAGGCUCGCCGCAACCAAGCGCGCCCGCCACACGCACCGGCAGCUGGAAACAAGGAAGAGACAGGCAGCUUGGUACGCCUCCGCCACUGGCUACCAGUCGUUGGACGCCUCCCAGCAGCAGCCCAGAGCAGACGGCGUGUUGCUGCAACGCGUAAGGCUGGGCUACUGCACCAGGGAACAGCUGUACGACGACUUUCGGGGGCAGGAGUGCGACCACUGCGGGAGGCACAGCCGCCACCCGCUAGUGCACUACCUACUGUCCUGUCCGGCCACCGCCGCCCUCAGACCAACGCCGCCACCACCGGCCCAUCCUGUAGGCGGUGAUCUCCUCAGCAGCCGCGAGGCCAGGGCUGCCCUCAUCGUCCGCCACACGCCCACAGACCUGAUGCUGCGAGUUCUCAGGGCAGCGCCCCCGCCCCGCUGA